ACAAAGUUUAAGGAUGAUUUAUUACAGUACGGCAAUGACCUUUUUGUAAAUCUACAGACGACAAUAAUAUUUCAGCUCCCUUUUUCAAAACUUUCACAGCGUGUUAUUAAUUUGAUCGAUUUUAUGGGCAUUCAAUUUACUGUGUUAAUAUUAUAAAAUGGAUAUGAUUGCUGCUGCCUAUGGAUGUGAAAGUGACGAAGAAGAUUCAGAUCCCUGGGCUUCCUCCCGAGUGUCUGCGAAGCGGACAAUCGGAAGAGAUGAAGAAUUUUCCAGCAGGCCUUUCAAGAAAGUCCCUAACAGAUUGCCUGCACCCAAGCUUAUCACACAUGAAGAGCCAGAUGAAGUUGUUGAUGACCCAUCUCAGCACGGAAAUAGAAUUAGAAGUUUCCCACAUGAAAGAGGAAAUUGGGCAUCAUUUAUUUAUUUGCCUUGGGAAGGAGACUCUAACUUUGUGAAUUCAGUUGACUUAAUCACCCAAUGUUACCAGAACUAUGGAAUUGAACUCCAAAUUUGUAAUGAUUUCCAUAUAAGUUUAACAAAAACAUUUAUUUUACGGCAUCAUUGGAUUGAAGGUUUUGUCAAUUCUGUUAAAAAACAACUAAAUGGUAUCUCAAGGCCUUUUCAAUUACUAGGUACCAAUGUACUGUCGGUUUACACAAAUGAAGAAAGAAACAGAACUUUUCUUGCCAUUAAUAUUGAAGAUCCUUCCGGAAUGCUGAAUGUUUUAACCCAAAAAAUGGACUCUUGUAUGAUUGAAUACCAACUUCCUACAUUUUACAAGGAAGCCUGUCAUCACGUGAGUAUUGCGUGGUGUGUCGGCGACAAAAAAGAAGAGCUCGAAAAGAUUGCAGCUGGUUUAAAACUUGAAAUAGAGCAAACUGCGUGUAAUAUGGCUGAAGUGAGAUGCAAAAUCGGAAACUUAGUAAAGCGACUGUGAAUGAUUUUGAGAAAAGUCGGUCAUACUCAUUUAUGCUUCAUUCAUUGCCCAUCUCAUAUAUAGCCUACAAUCUAUUACAAUUUUGACUAAAAGCUUAAAAUUUUCCAUUAAAAUGUGUGGUAAGAGAAAACAAAAUUGCCUCUUUCCUGUAGGUGAUUUGAGUGUCUAAUGCAGGAUGUCUAAUCAAAAUUCGGGAAUAAAUUUUUUAGAUAGAUAAAUGAAAA